AUUGAUUACCAUAAAAUGAACAAUCAUCGCUAUAAUAGUGUUCAGCUCGAUGGGCUGGCCACAAAUCUGAUGAGGCAAAUGCCGCAGUCCAAUCAACCAGAUGCCGGUGGCAAUGAGGAGCAACUGCCCAUGUGGCCCAGCGAGAGAAUUGCUCCCGGUGGCAGCGGCGCCUUUCAUUCUCCCAAAGUGGAGUACAGCAAGGAAACUGCAGAUUUGCUUAAGCUGCUCAUGAAGGAGUCCAAGAUGUCCAUGAUUAUGCGUAAGCAAAUUGGUGAGAGUCUGCGCAAUGGGGAACCGUUGCCAUUGCCAAAACCGCCACGUCCCAAUACCAACAACGAUCUGGAUAAGGAAACUCAGGCCAUUUUGGAGCGUGCUCGCAAUGCCAAGCGAAAGAAUCUGCAACAAAUUGAGGCAAGUGGCGCCUAUGAAAAGAGCUACUUUCGCCCAAAGCCAGACAACCGCAUGGUGGGUGACAAGGCCAAGGCUCGCUUGCAAUUCACCAUGGCUGGGAUUGAUUUGCCGGAUCCGGCUGUAAAGCCACUGCGACGUCCCCGAGAGGAUCGUCUGGUGACCGAAGGAGAUAUCAUCAAUGAAUUACUGGAUCAAAUUAAUGAACGUGCCGAUUGGCUGGCUGAAAUGGAGGCAUUGGGACAGGGCAAAAAAUACUAUCCCGAGAUACGUGAUCAGAUAUCGGAGCGAUUGCAUCGCAUUCGCGCCUUGGAGACCAAGAUGAAGAUGAAAGCACAGGGUGGAUAUCGUUUUGUAGACUAGAAUAAAGUAAAAAAAAUGUGUUUAAUGUUAAAAAA